AUGGCUUUACGCUUCAACGAUGAUACCAAUCGUUCAUCAUUUCCAAUGUAUUUUGGUCGUCAAACGAAAUUUGGUGAUGCUGCUUCGACGCCAUUACAAUUAAUUAAAUUACAUAUCGAACAGCAAGUGAAUGCAACAUUUCCACUCAUACAUCAAGUAGCAACAACAAUGACAUUUAAAAAUAAUUAUAAUCGAAUAUUAGAAGGAGCUUUAGAAUUUACACUACCUGAUAAAGGAAUAAUUUGUGGAUUUGGUCUUGAUGUUGAUGGUGUUAUUGUUGAUGGUGUUGUUGUUGAAAAAGAAAAAGCUCGUAUUACAUUUGAAAAAGAAGUUCGAAAAGGUGUUGAUCCUGGAUUAGUAGAAAAUGUUCAAGGAAAUAUUUUUCGUACAAGAGUUUAUCCAAUACAACCUGGUGGCAAAAGAAUAGUACGUGUUAUUUAUCAAGAUCAAGCACAAAUUGAAAAUGAUUAUUUUCUCUUUCAUAUUCCUAUCUAUUUUACUAAUAUUCUUGAAAAUUUGGAUAUUUCAUUGAUUUGUGCACAUACAUCAAAUCAUCGUCAACCAGAAUUUCUUCCAAAUAUUAAAUUUAAUCAAUCUUUCAUCAAUUCAAAUGGUAAAUACUGUUCUGAACUUCAUCUUGUCAAUGUUGAACCAUCACAAGAUGAACAAUCUAUUACAUAUAUGUUAAGAACUUUAGUAGAAGAAGAAGUCAUGUAUGAUGUAGAAAUUGAUCCUGAUGAUCAUAAUCAAGCCUAUUUUGCUCUAUGUUAUAUGCCACCAUUUCUGCAAAACAAUAAAAUCACAAAUGCUAAUCAACAAACAAUGUCUAUUUGUAUAUUAUGGGAUGCUAGUUUAAGUCGAGCAAAUAUUGAAAAUCGUAAUUAUGAAAUAAAUAUACUCAAAAAUAUAUUAGAUAUUUGGCAAUCAAAUAAUAUUAAUGUAAAUAUAACUGUAAUUAUAUUUCGAAAUAUAAUUGAAGAACCAAAUAUAUUUCAAAUACAUGAUAAAAAUUAUUGGUCAAAACUUAAUCAAUUAUUAACAAAUCUAUCAUAUGAUGGUGCAACAAAUUUAUUUCAAUUAUCUACAAUUUCAACUAGUAUACCAAAUAUUACACAUUAUUUUUUAUUUAGUGAUUGUCUUUCAACAAUAAGCAAUGAUGAUCCAACAUUGUUGAAUCAAUUGACAACUAAACCAAUAUGGAUAUUUAAUGCAAAUAGUGUACAUGAACCAACAAAUUUUUCAUUGAUUAACUAUUUAACUAAUACUAGUGGUGGUAAUUAUAUUUCACGUGAUAAAAUUAUAGCUCAAAAUAGUGCAAAAAUUAUUAUUGAAUUGAUUGAUAAACCACAAUCUAGAUAUAUUAAUACAGAUAUUAUCAAUGAUACCAAUAUUCAUGAUAUUUAUCCAAGUCAUUCGAUUAUUUUAACAUCAAAUUCAGAAAGAUUUAUACUUGUUGGAAAAAUGUCAUCAGCAAUUUCAGCUAAAAUUUCUAUUAAUUUUUCUAUUUCAAAUCAAAUACAUCGUAAAGAAUUAAUAAUAGAUAAAACAAAUUUGACAUUUGAAAAUUAUGGAUUAUUACGUCGUUUAUAUGCAAAACAAAUGUUAAGUGAAUUAAUAGCAUUUCCAGAAAAAAAAUAA